CUUUUUCACAAUUUUAUAUCUAAAUUAUUUUCAAUGAACUGCUCAUCAGACAAACACCAAGGAUAAUCAUUACAUGAAACAAUUAAUUUAUACACAAAUAAAUAAAUAAUAAAAAAUCACUAUUCUAUCUGAAGAAUAUAUCACAAGGCUGAAAUAUUUACCACAAGAUCCGUUAUGGUGAUGUACAUGUUUAUCGUGCUUUCCAGUUUUUGCAUCUCAAUUGUACAGAGUUGUAGCUGUUUAUGGAGCCACCCCCAAGAAGAAUAUUGUACAGCUGAUUUUGCUAUAAAGGCUAAGGUCCUGAGUCACAGGGAAACAAAUCCUAUUGAUAUAAACAGGGGAUACCUUGUGUUCACAGUCAAUGUUAGUGUAGAUUACAAGGGUCUUGGAUGGAAAGGAAAGACAAAAGAGAUCUACACAGGCCCUAAUGAAGCUUUGUGUGGCUUGACAUCAUUGGCUAAGAAUAAAGAAUACAUUCUCACAGGUAAAAUUAAAGAUGACAAACCCAUGAUUGAUGUAUGUGGGUUGAAUGUCCUCUACAGCCAAGUAUCUUCAGCUAUCAUUAAAGGCUUCAGGAAGACAUACAGAGAUAACUGUGGAUGCAAGAUCUGUAGGUUUGAUGAUGAGUGUGGACCAGGAGAUUGCUACCUGCCAGCCUUUGGUAGUUACCCCUGCUAUAAUCUACAGGCUGUGUGUCAGAGAGCUUGUGAGGGACAUGGAGGUGAGCCUAUGUGUACAUGGAACCUAGACAAAGGAUGGUGGGACUGCAUGAAGAAAUCCAGGUACUGCCAACUUGUAGGAUCAUGUCAGCUUAAAGAUACACCUCCAUCAGGAAGACGUGGUUUUAACACCUGAACAAUUUAUUAACAUUCACUUUCUUAUUCAAUGAUUACAAAAUAAAAUUUUCAGAUUA